UUUCGUUUCACAUUAUAUUCAAGAAAUGGACAAAAGAGACAAUUUAUCGGUUGUUAUCCACAAGAAGGAAGACUUGCGAGUGGAGCAAACAGAAUUGCCAACUGAGCCUGGUCCAUAUGAGGUACAGUUGGCCUCACAUACAGUGGGAAUCUGUGGCUCAGACGUACACUUCUGGAAAGACGGGUGUAUUGACAAGUGGGUCAUUAACGAGCCUAUAGUGACCGGACAUGAAUCCAGCGCUACUGUCAUCAAAGUUGGUCCUAAUGUCAAGAAUCUCAAAGUGGGAGACAGAGUGUCAGUGGAGCCGGGAGUGGGCUGUAUGUCCUGUCAGGUGUGCAAAGACGGCUUCUAUAACUUGUGUCCC